CAGAUCAACUCGAGUCUCUUCCCCCAGUACCUAUACAUUCAUCCAUUCCAUUCCGUUUCGCACCAAGGUAUUCGUUUACUCUUGUGCCUGAGACUCUACUGCACAUAAGAGGCAAUUGAGCUCCUCCUUAUCAGUACCAGUACCAGUACCAAUACCUCACCUUCUCCCUCGUCUCCUCACUGCAUAACUAUCGAAGCAAUGGCAGACGUCGCAACGCCUUCGGGUGCAGCCAUGUUUGAUGCUGGUGCUGUCCACAAGAAGCCCGAGAAGCCUGAUGAGGAGGCUUACAAGGCAAGCCUCAAGAAGGCUGAGAAGGAGCAUGCCGACGCGAUGACAAAAUUGAACGCUAUCAAGGCCAAGCUUGACGUCGCAAAGCCUACUUCGAAAGAUUCUCCCGCUGCUAAGCACCGUGCUGACCUCCUUGCCCAAUUGAAGGAAAUUCGAGAAAAGCAAGGUGCUGGAAAGGCUGGCCGCAACAAGAUCUUUGACGACAUUAAGAACGAGGACAAUAAAUUGAAGGAGCUUAUUGCCCAGCAAAAAGUAGCUCGCAGCAGAGUCUCGUAUAAGAAUGUCGAUGAGCUGGAUCGCGAGAUUGAUCGAUUGGAGAAGCAGGUCAAUGGCGGAAUGAUGAAACUUGUGGAUGAGAAGAAGGCUUUGGCUGAGGUUUCGAACUUACGCAAGCAGCGUAAAGGUUUUGCGGGCUUUGAUGAUGCUCAAAAGCAAAUUGACGAGAAGAAGGCCCACCUCAAGAAGCUCCGCGAUACACUUGAUGACCCCGAGUCCAAGGCUCUUAGUGAGAAGUACAACAAGAUCCAGAGCGAACUGGACGCCAUCAAAGCCGAGCAAGAUGAGGCCUACAAGGGAAUCAACAGCCUUCGUGACGAACGAAAAAAACUUCAGGAUGAACAGCAAGCCAAGUUCACCGCGAUCAAGAAGAUCAAGGAUGAUUACUACCAAACGAACCGCGCAAUCCAGAAGUACGAGUACGAGGCACGACAAAAGGCUAGGGAGCGCAAGAAAGCUGAGAACGAGAAGUACCAGCAAGAAAAGCGCAAAGAUCGUGCCCAGCAAAUGCUUGCCGAGGCCAGCGACAAAGCCUACCUCGACGAAAUUCGCCGCGCCGAGUCUCUCCUUAGAUUCCUCGACCCAUCAUACUCCGCUGAGAAAGCACCAUUGCAAGCACCUUCGCAAUUCACUGCGACUGCUCAAAGAAAAGUCGACGAUGCCGGUAUCAAGGGCUUCAAGGUCAUCAAGAAAGACGAAGAAGACUACUUCGCAGGCACUGGAGGCAAGAAGGGCAAGAAGAACAGGAAGGCCGCUGCUGCGACUGGCGAUGCCCCUCCGGCAUCAACUGGAAAGUACAGCUGCCCUCCAGCUGUCAUGGAAGACUGUGCUUCCAUGGGGAUUGAGCCACCCAUGAGCCCUGCCGAAAUACCCGAGGUUCGAGAAAAGGUUAAGGCUAAGCUGGAAUUCUGGAAGUCUGACCAAGAGUCUCAGACCAAGAAGAACAUUGCCAAGGCUCAAAAGGAGGUUGAGCGUCUUGAUGCUGAGGAGGCUGCAGCAUUCGCACCUGGUAGCCCCAGUACAGCACUGCCCCACGCCAAUGGAGAGACCAAGGCUACUGCCUCAGUUGAUGAAGGUGGAUCAGUCGCCAACGAGAUCGCCCUUGUCCAAGGAGCCGUCUCGGAUGUAAUUGCGGACUUGAAGGGCGCCUCGGUCGAGGAGAAGGCACAAUAGAACCAUCCAUCUGUCGCCAUUUCUCUCCGUAUCUUUAAACCAUCUUCAUGUAUGGCAAUGUAAAGAUCGGGUCGGUUACCGAGCUUUUCUCCUUUAAUUUUCUACCCUUCACAUACUUCUAAAAAUAGCUCACGGAAUAGGGUGAAAAGUUCAUGAACAGGUUUUGCAUCUUGCUGGAAGAAAUGAUAGGAGAAGAUUUCUCACUUUGUAAUUUAGGCGCGGCUGGAUGCGAAAAGCAUUCACUGAGCGAUGACCAGGGCUCCAUUCUCUCUACAGAUAAGGUGUUGUGUUUGGAUUCACAUUUCAGCAUGCAUGCAUCUGUUGGCGCCGGACUUAAUUCAUGAUUGAUAAACUCGCAUCCCUGUUGUCUUCAAUAACUCGUCCUUACUUGGCUUCCUUCACCAUUCGUAUUAGGUCUUCCCAAGGGGAGCCCCCAAUCGAAAAGGUUGUGCUGACCAAUUCGUUCAGGGAAAGCUUCGACAGAUGUGAGCUCAAUACGGAAUAUAGGCAAUUGCAAAGUAGUUUAGAUCGACAUUUCCACGGGCUUGUGAGUGACAAUGGCCUUGGUACAGGACGAUGGGUAAAUUGCUGUAGACUACCGACCUAGUGGCUGUCCAAUGACUCUACUGUAUAUAUAUCAGGACGACACCGAGACCAUGAUCAGAGGAGCUUUCCUGGGGAAAAUGGACCUGGGAGUCGAAGUAAGGUUGAGAGAAUGUUGUCUCGUUUCUGAACGGAGAAAGGAUCCGUCCGGAACGCCUACGCUGCAAGUGGUCACUACACUUAGUUCUUUUGUUGAGAAGGAGGACAAGGAA